UGUCAUUUCUGUCAACAUAAAAACCCAACCUCACUUUCGCCUUUUUGUUGAAGAUUUUUGCAUGCUUGUUUAACGGUUUCUUUUAAUGUUUGGGUUUUCAAAAGCGAUGAACACAGCUUAUUUGUUUAUCAAAGACGUGCUGUCUAGUCAACGCACAGGAAACGACUUCGUACACAAAAGCGUAACGUUUAAAAAUAUCGAAUUUUGUGGAACCAUCACCCAUCUAGAGUCUGUUCAAAACCCGGAUAAUUCGGAAUUUUUUAUUUACACUGUCGACGAUGGCACAGGUUGUAUUCGUUGUGUCAUACCUGUAGUAGCCUCCAGUGAAGACUUUGGGGGUUUUACUCCAGCAGAAACCAACUUUUUUGCAAAACUACGAUCAAAAAACAGUCGUUCGUUUAAAAGCCCCCAGAACCAAACCAUUCAGUUGUGUGCUCUCGCAUUCGACAAUCUAAAACGUUUUGAUUAUAGAGCUUUACAAGUAGGUGACGAAGUUCGUUUUGGCGGUACUAUAAAAGAAGAGAAAACCCUAAAAUACGUCUUAGUUGAAAAAGUGGAAAAAAUUGCGAAAAUCACCCAAAAAAUCGACUAUUUUAACGAAUUGUUCGACUUCUACAAGCUAACAGAGCGCUGUUUCAGUCUCCAUGAUGGAGCCGAGCAGCGAUUACCUCAACGAGAUCACCACAGUGUCUAAAGUCUUGGAAGAAGAAGAAGCCAUGUUUGAGUCAAUGAACGCCGAAUUAGACAAACAAGUCGAAAAAGACAUGGAAGAAAUCCAAACUUACGUCAUCCCGGACUCCCCUGGCCCCGAAACCCCCGUCGACCCCGACCUAGACCAAGAAGAAAAAGAUUUCCAGUCGAUGAACGCUCAACUCGACAAACAAAUCGCGCAAGACAUGGAAGCCAUCAGGAACUACAUUGACAAAACCGAAUCCGAUUCGUUCGCUGACAGAAUCGAAUUCUUCAACAGUAUGGACAGCUCGCUCAUUAAUAACUGCUUCGAUAAGAACGUUACGAAUCACAUUUUGUACCAGCACACGGUUUUGGGCACGAUUAUGUGGCACGAAUGCAACAUGUGUGAUUACAGAGCGAAGGAGAAGGACAAGUUGCAGGAACACAUGGUGGCGAAGCAUUCAACCAACGACGGGCUGUUUGGGUGUCAGGAGUGUUCGUACAAGGGGAAGACGCAUAGUGAUUUGAUGAGGCACAAGAAGCUGGGGCACCGAUUGCACGCGUCGCAGCAUCAGUGUGACAAGUGUGGACUCAGUUUUAGUAAACAUUAUGGGUUGCUGAGGCACAUGAAGGAGGAGCAUGAAGUAGCGGCGUUUCCGUGCCAGAAGUGCGAUUUUAUCAGUGUGGAAGAGAGUGAUUUGAGGCAGCACGUUCUAGCUGAACAUUUGAAGUUGAAUAUAAGUUGGUACAAGUGUGCGCAGUGUGUGUAUCGAACGGCCAAGAAGGUUAAUUUGGACAGGCAUAUUAUGUAUAAGCAUUCUGUGUUUUAGAUUUAAGGUUAAGCCAUAUUUCUACAUUGCACUUUUGAUGUUUUUGUGCUUUAUGAAUAAAGAAAGAUAGAAAAA